AUGCUUCAGUCAUACCGCACGCACAGUAUCACCCCUGCAGUCAUCCCAGCGGGUUGUACGAGCCAGAUUCAACCCCUGGACGUCUCAAUCAACCGGUGCUUCAAGGCUGUUGUGCGAGCGCGCUACGCCAGGUGGUUCAUGCGUGAGGGGAUUCACCUGAAGACAAAGAAGGGGAACCUGCGGAGGCCGCCCCACCCCGUGGUGCUGCAGUGGAUCGCGGAGGCUUGGGAUCAAGUCCCCAAGCAGAUCAUCAUCCACGCAUUCCGCCAGUGUGGGAUCUCAAGCAAGCUAGACGGAACGGAGAACCACCUGGUGAUGUCUCACCUGCGCGCCAGGAGCACCACUGAUGUCUCAGCGGACAUGUCCCUCGUGGGGACCACAGGCGACAACACGCGCCUGCUUGGUCGGGCUCCAAAGGAGGAGGAGGAGGAGGAGGAGGAGGAGGAGGAGGAGGAGGAGGAGGAGGAGGAGGAGGAGGAGGAGGAGGAGGAGGAGGAGGAGGAGGAGGAGGAGGAGGCGAUGCAGGCGGAGGGCGUGCGGGAGGUGGCAGUGGCAACCGGCCUGGAGGUGCUGUACCAGGAGACCCCCAACUACCGUGGGGCGGCGGCCGAGGCUGACCGCAUGAUCGAGCCUAGGGAGACGGCUAGGCAUGCCUGGUGA